UCUCUCCAGUGCCUUCGUGGAGUCAAGUCGGAUUUCACAGCGCGAUUGAUCUUCAGUUUCAGUGAGAAUACCAAGUUGGAAGCACCUGUAGUUCGGCUGUGCGCGCCACAAUGCAGAGAAGAUUCUCAAGUGAGUCCCUGGACCUCAAGUGCUGGUGAUCGUGAAGAUCUUGCAAAAAUGUUGAACAGUGAUCGCUUGGAUUCAGUGCUGGAAAAGUGAGAUCAGUGUGCGUGUCACUUUUGGGAUUUAUCUCUCUAAAUCGGAUUUUGUGGAUUAUUUUUUUUGGAUUACUGAAUUUGGCAGCCCGGCAAAAAGGCAAGAGUCAGUUGAUGUAAAAUGCCAUUGGGAGGCACUGAGGCUGUGGAGGAUCGUCCUCGAUCCUCCCGCGUGGAUCAGUUUCUACAAUCAUCGCCUGGCUCCAGUGGCAGCUCGUCGUCCCUCAUGAGGAGCUCAUCUGGGGGUAGAAAUCCGCCUCCCACUCCGGGCUCGUCGAACUACGAAGCUCAGCUCGCUUAUCAGCAUCACUUGGCCACAGGGAUGCUCAGUCCUGCCGCUCAGCAUCAUCAUCACAGGGAGACGUCGGCCUUCGUGCCGGUUCUCCCCUCGCGAUCCCUGAGAGCGUCCAUGUAUCCUGGACUGCUGGAUGGGCCCGAGCCGCUGCCCAAGGAUGCGCAGGGAAAGAGAGGAUCAAGCUAUGAACUGAUCGCCAUGAUGGCGGACAAGAGGAAGGAAAUUGCUCUCAGGGAAGCGGCUGCGGCGAUGCUAAUGCCCAGAGGGACACCCGGCCAAGGUCCAGCUCCUCCGCCAGGACUCUAUCCACCUGCAGCGGCAUUCCUGGCCGGACCGAGUCCCUCGCCAACGACUGCGGGCAGUUUCACAUUCCCACCUACGGGCGCCGGUCUGUUCCAGCCAGGAGUGCCGCCAGGAUUGCACUCCGGCCUGGAUCGACGACUCCUCAGGGCGCCAGGCAGAGCCUCGCGGCCCAAGAAGCAGUUCAUCUGCAAGUUCUGCAACCGCCAGUUCACCAAGUCCUACAAUCUGCUGAUCCACGAGAGGACGCACACGGACGAGAGGCCCUACUCCUGCGACAUCUGCGGCAAGGCCUUCCGGCGGCAGGAUCACCUCCGCGACCACAGGUACAUCCACUCCAAGGAGAAGCCCUUCAAGUGCAUGGAGUGCGGCAAGGGCUUCUGCCAGUCACGCACGCUGGCCGUGCACAAGAUCCUGCACAUGGAGGAGUCGCCGCACAAGUGCCCGGUGUGCAGCCGGAGCUUCAAUCAGAGAUCCAAUCUCAAGACUCACCUGCUCACGCACACCGAUCACAAGCCAUACGAGUGCUCGUCCUGCGGAAAGGUGUUCCGGCGGAACUGCGACCUGCGCCGGCACGCACUCACGCACGCCGUGGGCGAUGUGCCUGGCGAAGUGCUGGACGUGGGCGAGGAGGAGCGCCACCUCACCGGAGACGAGGAGGACACUGUUCUCGAAGUGGACUCUCCGGAUCACUCGCCAGUGAGGCGAGGAGAGGCUCCCGCGGCUCGUGCUAGAUCUCCCAGCAAAGCUCCAGAAGAGGAUCGCGACUGUCCUGCGGCAGAAGAUGAGCCCGAAGAUGAGGAAGAGGACGAGGAUCCUGAAGUGGAGGAUGAGAAGGAAACACUGGAAGCUCCACCGCUAAAGACAGAAGUGGAGCCCGUCGAGGUGACUCACUGCCACCACGAGGGCUCCCAUCAGUACACAAUGAGGCCCUCAAUGUCCGACGCCAUCUCUCUGCGUCCUCCGGACCAUCGCACCAACAUUCCGCGGCAGCAGCCCAAGCCUGAACCCUACGUGCCGAUGCUCCACGUGCGCCGGGAUCUCCAUCACAAAGCCCCAACGGCCACCGUGACGAGCGGACUUCUGGAUCCCGGAGCAGCCUUCCUGGGCCACAUCCCGCUGCGCAAGCGGCCGCUGGGCCCAGAGGGGGAGCCCAUUGCGCUGCUCCCGCCGCGGCACAUCCUCAGUCCUCACCACAUGGGCCAUCCCCUGUCCAUGCCGCGCCACCCGCCGCUGCUGAAGCCGCCCGAAGAACUCCUCCUGUCCCCGCCCGUAGCGCCGGAUCCUCCGGCUCCAGCUGCGCCGCCGCGAAAGACUGGCUUCAGCAUCGAGGACAUCAUGAGAUACACACGCCGUCGACGAACUCCGGAACGCAGUAGGACAGGAACAUCGGGUGGCGGGCGUCGGGAAAACCGGGCGGCAGCUUGUAGUCCAGGUCGGGAUGAGUUUGAGAGCAACGGCACGGACGCGGGUCCUUACGAUUCCUUCCUCCCAGCCAACAUGUUUGGAGUCAUUGGAGAGAAGCGGAACCUCAAACGACAGUAUUCGUCACCGAGUGAGACACCGAGGCCUUCUUCGAGUUCAACACAGAGUCCUUCUUCGAGUUUAACACCCAGUCCAACACCGAGUUCAGCGCCAAGUCAAGCAUCGAGUUCUGGACCGCCGGCCGCGAAGAAGCCCAGGAAGCCCGAUCUGUUGCCUCUGCUUCCUAGCCCUUGCGGCGUUCCGACUCCGCAGUGGAUCUUCCAUCCCGACCUGGACUACAAGCUGCCGCCCGGCUUUCCCGACGCCCGCCACCCGAUGUUCCUGUCCUACUGCGUUCCGGAGUUCGUCGACGGCGUGUGUAUCUACAAGCCAGUGUUCAGAACUACGCCACUGGACGGUCGCAGGCUCGCAAUCUCGAGAGCGCCACUCUGUGAUGUUACACUGUUGCCCGUGGCGGGAAAGAGGCUGGAUGGUAUAAGAGCGGGUCUUGAUGUACGCAAUGGUGGGGAUUUGGACAAUCAUCUGGAUGGCCAUAAAUUUAUUGGACAAAUGGAACUGCUAAAGAAGCAGUUGAUGGUGCGGGUGAGUGGCUCCGAGGCGUGCGUGGGUGUCACUUUGGGGCAUUCCAGGACUUUUCAAAGUCAUACUUUUCCGAGGAAUCUUUCUGCCAUGGUGAUUUUUGCCAAAAAUAUCGGAGGCCGCUUUCAGGGUGCAUCCGUCGUAAAAAGUGAUAUUAUUGAGUUGCAAAUUGCUGAAGAAUUCCCGUCUGACCUGCGAACACAUGCAAUAAAGCAAUCCAAAAGUGACGAAUCUCUCCUUGGAAUUCGUCCUCGAGCUGCCUCACCCGUCAUAAAGGACUCACCUUCAGCCGGAGCGGGAAUGCGAGCGUGGCCUCUCUUUCCCGCUCAGGCUCGGCACUGCGACGGAGCAGCAGCCGAGCUGCCGUGGCGGUCGCAAUGGUUUGAGGAGGAGAACACAAACUCGCAAUUCUUUGGAUACCGCGCCAUGUCCAUCUCGGCAGCGUCAUCGUGCAGCGAAAUCAGUUUAGAGGAGUUGCAGACUCGAGAUCCAGACUUCCCUGCGGAUUCGGCUGAGUCUGUAAAAGAGGAGCGCGUGUCGAGCGUCUCCCCGAUGCUGACCCCACCACACACCCCCACAGAGGAGGUCCCUCCGCCGCCACCGCCGCCGCCAGCGCCAGUCCUGGUUCCUGCCAAGUGCGAGCGACCCGACUACGAUUGCCAGAGAUUGCAGCCGAGAGUGACGCGGCCAUACCAGCUCCCAGCUCAUCACGCCCUCGCUCCCAGCUACCAGAGUCCGCCCCCGCAUGCCCUGUACAAUCAACAAGUCCCCAGCAGCCUGCAGGAGCAGCAGCAGCACAAACUGUGGCUGGCGCAGGCGCACAUGCAGGCCGCGGCUGCGGCUGCCCACCAGCAGCCGCCCUACCCGCCCACCCUGGCCUACCCCUCGGCCCCGCUCCACCCCAACCCAGCCCAUCACGCCGUCUUCAUGAACCAGUGGAUUCGCAAUGCCGCCCUGUACCAGCAGCACCACCACUUCCACCGGCCUGCCUACACCGUGGCCGACAUGCAGCGCCUGCACGCGACAGGUCGGCCCGGGGGCCUGGGCCCCAUGAAGGUGGCCGGGGCGGCGGGCACGCGGCCCAAGAAGCAGCACAUCUGCGAGUUCUGCAAGCGCGAGUUCACCAAGUCCUACAAUCUGCUGAUCCACGUGCGGACGCACACGGACGAGCGGCCCUACUCCUGCGACCAGUGCGGCAAGGCGUUCCGCAGGCAGGACCACCUGCGCGACCACCGGUACAUCCACUCCAAGGAGAAGCCCUUCAAGUGCAGCGACUGCGGCAAGGGCUUCUGCCAGUCACGCACGCUGGCCGUGCACAAGAUCACGCACCUGGAGGAGUCGCCGCACAAGUGCCCCAUCUGCAGCAAGAGCUUCAACCAAAGGGCCAAUCUCAAGACGCACAUGCAGAGCCACACCAUGUCCAGGCCUCUGAUGCCCGUAUCGGCGCCCAUUCUGGACCUCUCGCAGAAGACAGAGGUGAAGUCUGAGGCGCCGAAGAAGUCCCUCGGCUUCAGCAUUGAGGACAUCAUGAAGAGAUGCUUCCACUCAGAGAGGGCCAGAGAUGUACUGAUAUUGGUCCAACGGGGCGUUAUCGCGCCCAUCAACUCAUCACAUCUCAUCAGGCACCUGCCAUCGAGGGGGAGUCGAGAAGUGCUGAGUAAGCACCUCGAGACUCACGCACAAUUAACCAAUCAAAGAUGUAGAUCGGCAGAAUGCCCGGAGAUAGCCCAAGUCUUUGUCCUCAAGUCACACACUCCUCAGCGCCCAAAAAUCUCUAAUCUCUCGCCAGCCAGACGGAGAAAAUUGCAGAGAUGCGACCGGAGAUGGCAAAAAGAGCGACUUGCAGAAAUAAUUGGCAAUCCCGGAAAGUGUCCGAGGCGAAAACGUCAAUCAAUGGUCACAGCAUCACUGCAACGUGACUAUUUGGCUAAAAUUGCCACAGAAGAAUUGACUGUGGAAGGGCAUUAUCUUGUCAAUCCGCCUUUAAUUCGCAAAUUGAGAUUAAUUUCCUGUGCGUCCAACGCCAAAUCCCUCCAAAUCACACUCCACUAUCAAUCACGCGAAUUGGACAAUGUCUGCCCUGUUCCCAUUUCUCAGCCCGCGAAUGUGACGAAGCAGAGAAAUUGGCCAAUUGAGAAAGUUUCGCCGAGGCAAGAGUUCACUUUACGCGCCAAGAGAUCAGCCGCAGAAUGGCUGUUCUGGAUGCGUUUCGCCAUCCGAGUAUCGUCUCUGCAAUAUCCAGUAUCGCUCGAGGCGCUGCAUUCGAUGCUAUUCGUUGCUUAUGGUUUAGGUCAUAGUACCAUCUCGCCAGCCCACACGCUCCAGCCAGAAGUUCGGGUCAAUUUGUAUGUCUUGCCAUCGUGGCUGAAAUCCGCAAUUUCACAGUUGCGCCGCGAUGGAGUGUAUCCAAAACUCCAUUCCAUCACCAACACUCUUGGCGAUGCUCUUCGGGCCACAAACACAGACACACGCGCCGCAACACCUGAGGAGAACGGAAAAUUUCAACUUGACUAUUCAAUUUGCUUCAUGUUCAGGCAAAUGACACGGGGAAAUUUAUUGGUCACUCGCCGAGUGGAUAUAAUUGCAGUGAAAUUGUUCGAAUCUGGCGGUGGUGAUAAGAUCGCAAUUCGAGGAUGUGGAGUUCCGAAUUCCUGCUCUGGCCGCCUCGCUGGGGCCCGAGAUGCUCUCGGGCGCGGCGGGAGGAGAGCGGGUCCAAUGAUCAUUGGUGCUGGCCGAAAUCGUGUUCUCGCUCGGCGCUGUGUGUGUGGGAUGAAGGAAACGAGUCUCGCGAUCCUCAGUGAUACGGACAAUAUGGAACAAGCCGCCCUGCCAGCGGAAGCGUGCCAGGGCGCCAGCAAGCGUCAGACACAGCCCUCCUCCCCAUCGGGGGACUUCGCCGCCGCGGUGGUGCUGAGCCUGCAGGGCGCGAUGGUGACCAGCCUGCAGCAGGCCGCCCUCCUGCCGGCCCACUCGGCGGCCGCGGCCGCCCUGAACCUCCAGGCGCUGGAGUCCUACCUGGCGCUGCAGCGCAUCACGGGCAAGUCGGACGUGCUGCGCCUCUCGGCCCCGUCCACUCCUCCCCAGAAGGGCGGCAAGGAGCCGCAGAGCCCGUCUCUGGAUCCAGUGAUAUUCACCAGCCAGCCAGCCGAGGCUGAGCUGCCAGAUGUGGGCGAGUUGCUGGACAACGACGACAAUCUCUCAUUCGAGUCCGCCCUGGACUCGCCGACUGACACCCUCUCGAUCGACAGCGGUUAUCCCAGCCUGCUCCUGAACGCCGCCUACCAGCAGAUCGGAGCCGCCGCCCAGGUGCCCGAGAAACCACCACCGAUCCCUCUGCCCACAACCCCAACGCCCAAGGCCAAGCCAGCCCAGACAGCGCCGAGCUCCGGCGCGCGGCCCAAGAAGCAGUUCAUCUGCAAGUUCUGCAACCGCCAGUUCACCAAGUCCUACAAUCUGCUGAUCCACGAGAGGACGCACACGGACGAGAGGCCCUACUCCUGCGACAUCUGCGGUAAGGCCUUCCGGCGGCAGGAUCACCUCCGCGACCACAGGUACAUCCACUCGAAGGAGAAGCCCUUCAAGUGCACAGAGUGCGGCAAGGGCUUCUGCCAGUCACGCACGCUGGCCGUGCACAAGAUCCUGCACAUGGAGGAGUCGCCGCACAAGUGCCCGGUGUGCAACCGAAGCUUUAACCAGCGCUCCAAUCUCAAGACCCACCUGCUCACGCACACCGACAUCAAGCCGUACCACUGCUCGGCCUGCGGGAAGGUGUUCAGGCGGAACUGCGACCUGCGCCGCCACAGCCUCACGCACAAUCUGUCCGGCAUCGCGAGCCUGGCGGAGGGCAGCAGCCGGAGCCUGCCAAGACUGUCCGGGGGCGCCUCGACGCCCAGCGGGAACCUGGAACUGGUGGUUGAGUGAGACUCACGCGCUCACGGACUUGUGAUUCACUUCUAAGGUUAGAGAAAGAGAGAGACGAAAGGGAGGCGUAAUUAAGUUGACAAGACGAAUCUCUGAGUGAUGCAAGAGAGAUGUUCAAUAUAUCAAAGUGGCGUGACGGCAUUUGUACAGUUGAAAUAUCUCCGGCCAUUUCUUUUCAUCAGUUUUGCAUUAUAUAAAAAUUUUUCUAUAUUCCCCUUAUAUUUUUGUAUACUAUAUGGAUGAUUGUGUUGUGCGCGCGCGAAGAAGGCGCCCAGAUGUGUACAUCGCGGAUGAAAGAGA